ACUAAAACGUAGGGCGGUGCAAUUUGUGGUGAUUGUCACGUUGUUUUUGGAAUUUUGUUUAGCAUGGACCCUACUAGGGUAGUUGAGGCAUUAAGUAAUACUCUGUUGGCAGAAAAACAAGGAAAUGGAACAAAAAUACUUGAUGAAAUGCAUAAAAUUAUUGGAUUUGUUCCCACGCUAUUGAAAAUCAUCCUUGAAGAAAGUAUUGAUGUGGGAGUACGACAAGCAGCAGCCCUAUAUUUUAAAAACAACAUCUCUGAAUGGUGGAAGCCCGAUGAGUCAGACGAAUCUGGCGAAUUAAGAUUUUGUAUACAUGAGCAAGAUAAGCAAGCAAUCAGAAGUUCUAUUGUAGCAGCUCUUGUCUCGGCGCCAAUUCCUUUUCAAACUCAUCUCCAGGUUGCUCUUUCCAAAAUAAUUAAGCAUGAUUUUCCUACUCGUUUUGAAGAGUUCCCUGAACAAGUAAAGCAGUUUUUAGAAUCAAAUGAUCGCCAUCAUCUUCGAGGAGCUCUUCGUUGUCUUUAUGCUUUUGUUGAAGUGUAUACAUACAAAAAAAACGAUGAACGCGCAAAUACGGUUUCCACGAUGCAAGUUUUUUUCCCAAUCUUAUAUUCAACGUUGUCGAGUCUCAUCGUUGAAGAAUCCGAAGAUUCUUAUGUACUUCAAACGCUCAUUAUCAAAAUAUUCUUUUCAUUCAUAAAUUACCAUUUCCCACUGGAUGCAAUGAAUAAACAGUUAUUUACUCACUGGAUUGAUAUGUUCUGUACUAUACUCGGUGAUUUCAAAGUGACUCAUUCGGACACUUCAAGUUCGACCUGGAAACGCCAAAAAUGGGCUUUAAAAAUACUUAACAGGGUUUUCACCCGUUAUGGUAGUCCUGGCUCAGUCAUUAAGCUAUAUCAACCAUUCGCUGACUGGUAUCUUAAAGCCUUCUCAGGGCAAAUAAUAUCAGUACUUCUGAAUAUAUGUGAAGCAUACAGACAAAAAUCAUUCGUUUCCAAACCUGUGCUUAGUCAAACACUGGACUAUUUUUCUUCGGCACUGGCUAACUCAUUUUCAUGGAAAUUACUACGGCCACACUUCUCUCUUUUGGUCCGUGAAGUUAUAUUCCCGCUUAUGUCAUAUACUGAAGAAGAUGCAGAAUUAUGGCAAGAAGAUCCAGUGGAAUACAUUCGAGCUGAAGCUGGUGAUUGGGGAUCGGUAUCUAGUCCAGCAAGUGCAGCAUCUACGCUUCUAAGUGAAGCAUGUGUUAAACGACGUGGUGUUCUCAAUAACAUAAUGCCGUUCUGCAUUCAUAUAUUAAGUUCCGAGAGUUCUCCUAUUGAGAAGGAUGCUGUUUUGCACAUGUACAUAGCUAUAGCUGAAAUCUUACUGAAAAAAGCUGCAUACAAAUCUCAAUUAGAAUCAUUUCUUGUAGGUCAUGUCCUUCCGACUUUGCAUGCUCCUGAAGGAUAUCGUCGUGCUCGGGCUUACAGAUUGUUGGAGAAAUUAUCAGAGGCUAAAUUCAAUGACCAAAACAUAUUUGCCCAAGUUGUUGAUGAAGUGAGAAAAGCUGCAUGUUUUGAUUCGGAAUUACCAGUUCGUGCGUUUGCUGCACUCUGUCUCUCAGAAUUAGUUCGGUGUCAAGAAACUGCUCAUCAAUUUGUGGCUCCUCAUCUACGCGAACUCUUGAUAAGUUUAUUGGAGCUUCUUCGGCAAACUGAAUUUGACGAUUUAAACAGUGUAAUCGAAAUAUUAAUACAUACAUUUGAAAAAGAAAUAGUUCCAAUCGCUUCUGAAGUUAUGCAAACAUUGUCAGAUACGUUUCAUCAGCUCGUUAUUAAAUCCGAGUAUGAAUUAAAUAGGGAAUUAAUCGAGCUUGAGGAUACAGAAGAUCUCUUUGAGUACCGGUCAAUAGUUGCUACAAGUGUUUUGGAUAAUAUGGAGUCUAUUCUGCAAGUUGGUGAAGAUAAUGAAAACCUUGUUGCUCAGCUUGAACCUAUUGUUGUGCAUUUGAUUCAGUCUAUAUUCAACCAUAAAUUAAGUGUGUUCUUUGAUGAAGCUCUCACGUUCAUUUUCUCGCUGACAACUAACAAGAUUUCCCCACUUUUGUGGCAACUUUUCGAUCAACUCUAUCCUGUAUUCAAAAAAGAUGCUUGCGAGUGCUUUUCCGAAAUGAUGCCCUGUCUACAUAAUUACAUAACAGUGGACCGUGAGGCUUUCCUGGCAAAUACUUCACGUAUUGAACAAAUUACUGCUAUGUGUUUAGAGGUGUUCUCAAUGGAUGACCAAGAAAGACUACAAAUGCAUGCUGCAAAAUUACUUGAAGUUAUUUUACUUGAUUAUCGAGGCCAAGUGAACCAGUAUGUACCAAAAUAUGUUGAGUUAGCACUUACACGUCUUACACGCCCGCUUGUUUCAAGUGAACUUAGAACACUCUGUAUGCAGGUGGUAAUUGCUGGAUUGCUUUACUCACCUAUGGAUAUGCUUCAUAUGAUGAUCGAGCAUCCAUGGCCUGGGACAGAGGUUAACAUUUUGUCUGAAUUCCUUAAACGAUGGAUUGAAGAUGCAGACUGUUUCCUUGGAUUGCAUGAUCGCCGCCUCUGUGUCUUAGGACUUUGUUUGAUCAUUUCUCUUCCGGUUGAUAAACGAACUGAUGCAAUUGUAACACUCAGUGAAAAGUAUAUACCAUCACUUCUACUGCUAUUUUCUGGACUAAAAAAGGCGUACGCAACAAAAGCUUCCAAUCAAAAUGAAGAUGAUUCGAAUGAAGAAGAAUCUGAAACAGAGGAAGAUUUAGAGGGUAAAGCUUUGGGAAGCGAUGAAGAUGAAGUAGACGAAGAAAGUGUUCGUUAUUUAGAAAUGUUAGAGGCAACUGUAAGCUUUUUUAUAUAUUCGAUGUAUUUAUUUUUGUUUCACUAUCGCUUUACAUUGAUUGAGAAAAAAGCAUGUGAAUUGUUGUCUUCUCGCCUUUUUAUUUCUGGCUAAUCAUUUUUUAUGAUUUGUUUAUUAUUGUACUAUAAUAUUUUUUACAGCGUCAUGUUAUUUAAGGCAUGAAAGGAAAUGACAAAAUUAAUUAAUUCACUUACUACGUACUUAGGUAUGAGUCGCAUUGCAUGUGUAAAUCUAAUGAUACUACUCCGUCGCCCAAACCUUAGUCGAUAGAUUGGGAUCAAACCUGGGACUUAGUGACUAAAAGUCGAAGUCUGUAACUGAUAAAUAGGAACCAAAUUGUUAAAUAGACCUAGUUUACCCAGAACAUUAUAUUCCACCUCAAUCUUCCCAAAUCAAAACCAUAGUUAAAAGGAAACAGUGUGUACUCUAAUAAAUUAUCUUGGAAGUUUCAUCAACCCUUGUGGUCUGGUGUGUGACGAAAUCUCAGCACGGAUACAGAAGGCUCGACUAACUUUUACCAACUUGCGUCAUUUAUGGCGUAGGCGAGAUAUCCGUCUAUCAACCAAAGGACGUGUUUACUGCACAGCAGUUCGUUCCGUCCUACUUUAUGGCAGUGAAACGUGGCCGGUAAGAGUAGAGAAUAUUCGUAGGUUACUAGUAUUUGAUCAUAGGUGUCUUCGAAACAUUGCUUGUAUAUCAUGGGACCAUCGAGUAAGUAAUACAGUUGUUAAGAAACGGGUACCAGGUAAGGAUGGCAAAUCAAUUGAUGAAGUGGUGAAACUUCAUCAGUUGAGAUGGCUGGAACACGUGUUACGUAUGCCCAUCGACCGACUGCCUCGACGUGCGAUGUUCAGUGGUAUAGGAGUAGAUUAGAAUAAAGCUAGGGGCGACCAGAUCAAAACAUGGCGCAAAUCCAUGAAGUCACUGACAAUUAUACUGAAUCAUGUUGUUAGGUGUAGACUUUCCGGUUGGGGACCACGAGAUGAUAGCAACCGAUGGUCAGAGACCCUGAAUGACAUGGCUCAAAAUCGUUUGCAAUGGCGCAGGUGCAUACACUCUUUGUGUUCUCCCAGAUUCUAAUCUUCUGAAUUCUUCAUGUCCCCUUCUUUUUUCUCUUUCCAUAUUUAUUUCACUGGAUUAUACUCCUUGAAUAACAUCUUCAAACCCUAAUGUUUCCGAUUGCUAUCUAUACUCUUACUACUUCUACCGCUAUGUGAUUUGAAUCGACAAUUGUAUCUGUGUGCUAAUGUGUUAUGGCAACUCGAACUGAUGGACGUACGUAUGAAGUUCCACGUUGUUACUGACUGAGUCCAAUUUUUUAAACUUGGUCACAACUUGGUUAAUAACAUUUUUAUAUUCCUAUACGUUUUAAAUUUUAAUUAUAGAAUUUAACAUAUCUAUUUUCAGUUUGUUACUGAUAUGCGAUCGGUUUUUACUUUAGAAAGAUUCAGAAGACGACGACGAUGAUGAUGAUGAAGAUGAGGACGAUGAUGAAGAAGAAACACUUGAGGCGUUUGACACACAAAUGGAUAAGUCUGAAUGUGAUAUGGAUGAAUAUGUAACGUUUUAUCGUGUAAUGACUGAAUUGGAAAGAUCUGAUUAUGCAUGGUAUAGUCAGUUGAUCAAUCAUCUUAGUGAAGAACAGCAAAAUGAUCUCAAAGGAGUAGUGGAUACUGCUCUGAAAUGUAUCCAACAAAAAGAGUCUAAAAUUAUUGAACAAGCUGGAGGAUAUACUUUUUCACCAACUAUCCCUAGUAGCUUUGAUUUCGGUUCACCCAAUGGACAACUUAAAUAAUCUAUGUGUUCUAAACUCUGUUGUAAGAAAUUAAGUAUUAGUUUAUAAUACUUUUUUUCUCUCUGUAUAGGAUAUGUUAUAGUCUAAUAAACAUGUAAACAAAACUUUCAUAAUUACAAUUUACUUAACUCCAUUAAAUGUGCGCGCUAUCCAUUAUGCUAUUUUUAUUUCAUAAAUAAUCUGGUAACUAUAAUUUUGUUCUCUCUUCAGUUUGUUUUCCUUUUAUCAUUGUACACAUGUAUCCUUCUUCUUCUUCUUCUUCUUCUUCUUCUGUAUGCUCUUAUCUUCAAUGUUUACUAUUUCUAUUUUUUUGUUUCUUGUUCAACUGACACUAUCUCCAUGCUCUUUGUCUGUAAUGCUUCUAUUCUUCUUCCCUAUUCGUAAAUAUUCUCUAUUGCACACACACACAUUGUGUUUUUUUCAUUAAUCAAUGCAUGAAAUGAAAAACUAACCAAAUAUAUAAUUCGUGUUCAACACAGAUUUGAUUGUGACUUAUUUGUUGGUGAAUAUUUUUCUUAUGUAUUCAAAGAAAAUUGUGUGUUUUUAUAUCCCUGUUUUUUUUCUCAAUAUUAGUUCCCCCUCCUUUCUUUUUUUCUCAGAAAAAAAAAGAACAAAAAUCUUGUUGUCAACUGCAUUAUAAAACUGUGGUUAAUUUGCUUGCUUAUUUUUGCUCUUUUUUAAGACAGUCAAUUUCUCAGAUCACUGCUUUUUGAAAGAAAAAUCUAUAUAUAUAAUUAGUACAGUGUUAUAAUCCUCUAUAUGAAAUUUGAUUUACUUUUACAAAAUAAAAUCUAUUCAGUUUUGC